CCACCGUGUCAUGGACCACGAGGAUGAAAAGGGAACGCUCCGCGUAACGCGGCAUUCGGCAGGACCACGACGACGGAUACAAACCGACAGGUGCAGCAUAGCCCUCAUCGCUCUUCGCACACUGGAGCAAGGCAGCGAUGCCCGAAUUGUGUGGUCUUGGUCAACGUCCCCCGUUGAUCGCCGUGGCUUUUGCGGGUGGUCGCAGCAAGGCCGCAUCACGUGCGAUGCUGGCCGUGCAGGAGUUGGGACGAUGGUGGGGAGCGCAGAGGCUCCAUUGGUGUCCAGGCGGGCUGUGGAGCUCGAACGUGGGGCGGUUCCUGUCGGAUCAAUAACCUUAGCAGCAGAUGUUAGAUUAGGCGGUGGAACAGCCCGAACCCAGCACCGCACGCACCUCGUGCUGGGUCGCAUGGGAUGGCAGGUCCUGGACCCAUCAAAACCUUCCACGGAGCAAGAGCCAACUAGAACAACCCAAUUUUUUUUUUU